GGAAGAAAAAAGAAGAAUAUACAACUUAAAACUUUAGACCCAAUAAAAGCCGCUCCAUAGAGCAUAAAGAGUGACAUAAUUUCAAGAUUGAACCAAAGAAUUAGACGGCAGUAGGUCUGGAAUUUCAGUUGCAGAUUCUUUUACAACUCAAAAUGGGCAGACUGAGGUGGACAGGGGUUUCCCCAAAAUCUAUAAUUCAAAUUGCUUUGUCACGGCACUCAGUUUCUGCAAAUUCAAUGAUCAAUAAAGGGAAUGUGUGCGCACAUGUUUCAGAAUAUCUACCUACAUUACUUAAAAAUCGAUCUUUGUACAGUUGCAGUUUUAUUGAUAAGCCUAAUAGUUCUUCGACUAGGAGAUAUCCACCAUCGAAGCAUUUUUUCCAUUCCACCGGAGCUUGUUACUCUGCAGAACGAGGUUACUAUGAAAUUCUAGGCGUAUCUAGAGAUUCUAGUCGAGAUGAGAUUAAGAAAGCUUUUCAUGCGCUUGCCAAAAAAUACCACCCAGAUGCCAAUAAGAAUAAUCCAUCUGCGAAGAGGAAAUUUCAAGAGAUAAGAGAUGCAUAUGAGAUUUUGCAAGACCCACAGAAGAGAGCACAAUAUGACAUGAUGAAGGAGCAACCUAGAAACACAGAAGAUAUGAAUUAUAAUUAUGGGAAUGGCAAUGAUUUUAGAUAUUCUUAUAGCACACAAUUCUCUGAUUCAUUUCAGAAAAUAUUUUCUGAGAUAUUUGAAAAUGAGGCUGAAAAUCUGACGCAAGACAUUCAGGUGGAGCUUUCUCUCUCUUUUUCUGAAGCUGCUAAAGGAUGCACAAAACAUCUUUCAUUUGAUGCAGAUGUUCCAUGUGAUUGUUGCAAUGGUACUGGCUUUCCAUUGAAUUCCAAGCCAAAAGUAUGUCCAACUUGUCAAGGAAUUGGGAGAGUUACCAUCCCUCCAUUUACAGCAACUUGCAGUAUUUGUAAAGGAUCUGGACAAGUCAUUAAGGAACGUUGUAGGGCAUGCAAAGCAUCAGGAGUUGUUGAAGCCAUAAAAGAUGUUAAAGUAACUAUACCCGCCGGUGUUGACUCUGGUGAUACUAUUCGUGUGCCAAAAGCUGGUCAUGCUGGCAGGCGAGGGAUGCAGCCAGGCAGCUUAUUUAUAAAGCUAAAGGUUGCUAAAGAUCCUCUAUUUGUUAGAGAAGGAGCUGACCUUUAUGUGGAUUAUCAUAUCAGCUUUACAAAAGCUAUUCUUGGUGGUAAAGUUGAGGUACCAACUCUAUCUGGAAAGACAAAGAUACAGGUACCCAAGGGAGUUCAGCCUGGACAACUUGUGGUACUACGAGGCAAAGGUUUGCCAAAGAGUGGGUUUCUGGUGAAUCAUGGAGAUCAAUAUGUGCGGUUCCGUAUUGACUUUCCAACAGCAUUGAAUGAACGGCAGCAUGCUAUAAUGGAAGAAUUCGCACAGGAGGAAGUUGUUAAUGGAAAUUACAUGGAUGGAGAAGUAAAUUUGUGGCAGCAGUUGCUUGAACGUGUAUCGAGCCCAAAGUUUGUGGUUGAAUUCUCACUUUUGAUAAUGAUUAUUCUGUUGUUAAUCAAAACACUGUGAUUCUGGAGGCGUCAGCUGUCCGCGGCAGAUGGUUGAUAUAAUAGAAGAAUCCUCGAGCCAGCUGCUUUCAACAUCAUACCUGCACAGAGUUUGCUAGCCUCUGAUUUCAGUCUGAUCUGGAGUGAAACUUACCAAAAUCACCGCCCUAAUAGCUAUAUCACAUACACAUGGUAGAGCCAUUUUUUACUUCACUUUUUGCGUCGAGUUCAUAUUAUAUACUAGCAUUUAACAUGCUUAUAUAGUUGUCCAAGGCCUAUUUUAUCCAAGGCCUGAGAAAUUGAGUUUAUGGUUGUAAGUGUUGCUGUAUUUCUACAUACAAUAAUUGUAGAGAAUUACUGAUUAGUCUGAAAUAGUUGCAGACUUGCAGUUGUAGUCUAAACAUGUUUUUUUUUUUUUUUGAGUAGUGUGGAGAAGGAAAAGUUCAUAGGAUCCUACUUCCUUGUUUGUCUUAACUAUAAUUGUCUUUUUCCGCUUUCAUUGUCAAUUAAGGAAAAAUUUAUCAUUCUGUUAA